CAAAAAAAUCAAAACCGAAUGAACCAAUAUCCGACCCAAUAAACACCCUUACAAAAUACUGUACAAAACAACGACCACAAAAACCAAACAGCCCAGACCCGGCAGAAUAACCAACCCGGAUCCGAAUAUUAAACCGGAUAGGUGAAUCAGAUAUUAACCAAGAACCGAAGCUUCGUCUUCUUCUUCUUCAAGUCAAAACAUUCGUUCAUCAACAAUGGCAGUGAGUAGAAUCGAUCGAUCAUCAAAAAUAUUUAAUUUGAUUUCUACAAUAUUGUUAUUAUUAUGUAUAUGUUCAAAAGCAGAACUGAGCUCAAAGGAGUGUGAAGAUCUAGGGUUUACAGGUCUCGCACUCUGUUCCGAUUGCAAUUCUCUCGCUGAAUAUGUCAAAGAUCAAGAACUGCUGUCUGAUUGCAGAAAGUGCUGUACUGAGGAUUCCGAUGACUCUACCAGCAAGAUCAUCUACUCUGGUGCUGUCCUGGAGGUCUGUAUGAGGAAGCUCGUGUUCUAUCCAGAGGUGGUUAGUUUCAUAGAAGAUGAGAAGGAAAAGUUUCCGUCUGUCAAAGUUCAAUAUGCGUUUAAUGCGCCACCAAAGCUGAUCAUGUUGGAUGAUGCUGGACAACAUAAAGAAACUAUAAGAAUCGACAACUGGAAGCGUGAGCACAUACUUGAAUUCUUGAGGGAGAAGCUGAAGCCGACAUCAGCGGUUUGAUUGGUCGGUUGAGUUUGUUCUUAAAUCUUGACAUUAUCCAGUUACACCCUUCUGAACACUUUUCUUAACUUCUCUUUUGCAAUUUGUAGAACAAUUAUUUCUGCCUCUUUAUCAUCUGGCUUAGUUAUGUACUAGACUACUAGUUUAUAACUUGAUAUACAUGAGUGAAUGACAUGAUGCAUUGGAUAAAUCAUUGCUCUCUAUCGAUAAUCUGUGAAAUAAAUGACUGUGGUUCAUGUCAUCA